AUGCCCUUUUGCAGCCACUCCGUCCUCACGCCGAGCCCCCAAACACACGCAUGCGGAAACCGCCCCCACCGAGGGAGGCGGUCCUGCGCCAAGUGCCGAGAUCAUUGCACAUGUCCGCCACGCGACCCGACAGAGGGCCGAGACGCGGCAACCCACACCAAAAACCUCUCUCAACCGGGCGAUGCUAACGCACUAAGGGCGUCCACACCCCAGUCGUGUUCGUGCCCGUCGGAGCCCUCGGACCCAUGGAGCGAGUGUUGCAGCCACUGCUCAUUACAGCUUUCAGCGGGUAGAGAGCGGCGUGACGCCACCACAUUCUACAGACAGAAAGAGCAUCUACCACCGGUCGUAACACUUGUGCGCAGUGCACGGGAAGGUGACCACCGCUUUUGCUCCACCUUCAAGCAUACUUCACCUACCCACAAACGAACUGAAUUGUGCGUUACCCUCGAUGAGUGGUGGUCUACUAACGACUCGCUCUUUUGCAGCUACGGCCGGAUAGACCGACCACCGAAAGGAGUGGGGUUUUCAGAAAUGAGGCACUAGUACUUGGACGGAGGCGAGUCUACACUACAAUAACCCACAUCUCAGAUGUUAUGGAUAAGCCAUGGACUAUGCAGCGGGGAGUCGACCGACUUGCGGUCGCCGCUGAACAGCGUUGCAUUGUUGGCGAGAUUCUCUCCUUUAUCAGCAUGGGCGUGCUCCGUCCGGCCUGUUCAGGACCCUGCGGGAGAGGUCACUUAGUGAUUGACUGCCCCAUCCCAUCGUACCAAGAGUACCCGCCGGUACACGGCUUGGUAGAGGUCGAAUGGAGCCCGAGCAUGUGGUGGGUAGACACCGUGCACAGCCUGGGCUCGCCUCAAGGAUCGGUCUGCGUCACUUCCUCAUUACUCAUCCCGGCCUGCCACGGACACGUUUCACCCGGUAGAGUUUGUCCGCAGCCGACAGUAGGGGAUUAUUGUUGGCAUGGCGACGACAUAGUGGAGGGGGUCGACCCGUGGGACACCACACGAGUGGGUACUGACCCACGGAGUAAAAGGGCAAUACAUGCCCGAAUCAUGGACCUUCUUGACCUCACAUCCCCUCACGUCGUUGUUGACACUCACCACAUGACUUCAGUCACUGGGGGACGUAACCACCUGUUGAGAGUGCCCAACAAAGGCACAUGAAGCAGCAUUUUAUUCAUAUUCGACAACAGAAUAAAAAUUUCUGGAUGAGCUCAAUUUUGGGGUUCAGCAAGGCGUGUA